UCAUCAUCCCCACCAUCAUCAUCAUCUCCACCACCAUCAUCAUCAUCUCCACUAGCAUCAUCCCGACCAAGAUCACCAUCAUAUAAAAAACAGAACACUAAACAAUCAUCGUGAUCACAUAAAGAAUACUCUCAUCCUAUUACCACCACCAUCACCACCACCACCCUCCAAUCACUACCACCACCACCAUCACCACCACCCCAUCAGCACCACGACUACCAUCCUAUUCCCAUUGCCACCACUACCCCCAUCCUCCCAUCACCACCAUCACCACCACCACCACCACGACUACCAUCGUCACCGCCAUGAACGGCGUCUCCACGGUGGUGGAAGCGGCGGCGGCCUCGCAGCUCGACGAGGAGGUGCGCACUUUGUUCGUGAGCGGCCUGCCCAUGGACAUCAAACCCAGGGAGCUCUACCUGCUCUUCCGACCUUUCAAGGGCUAUGAGGGUUCGCUGAUUAAACUCACCUCCAAACAGCCGGUGGGGUUCGUGAUGUUCGACAGUCGAUUCGAGGCAGAGACGGCCAAGAACUCCCUCAGCGGAAUCCGCUUUGACCCCGAGAGCCCCCAGACCCUGAGGUUGGAGUUCGCCAAGGCCAACACGAAGAUGUGCAGGGGCAGACUGGGCAACGUGGGGGCGGUGGCGGGGCCGCACCUCGCCCUGGCGCCUCACUUCGUCACGCGCGAGACCUACGAGCUGGCGGGAGCGGCCCUGCUGCCCGCGGGCCCGGACGCGUGGGCCGCAUACCACCCGGCACUGUACGCAGACGUGGGGCCCGCGGUGGCCCACGCCGCCUUCCCCGCCUCCUCCUCCUCCUCCUGCUACCCCACGGCCACCGCCACGGCCACCUCCACGCUGCACGCACAGAUGCGCUGGUUCCCGCCCAUUGACGUGACGCAGCAAACCUGGAAGACUCGGCAGUUCUGCUGAGUGACUCCCACAACGAUCAUGGCCACCACCACCACCUCCACCCCCCGACGCCACCGCCGCCACCACUACCGCACGGUAGGAAGGUUGCCGUUCGCUACGUACCGGUGCAAAAGGCGUCCAACAUGCAACGUGCAUACACGCACGUGCGUAGUCAGUGGCGGACUGGAACUGAGGAACCGUCCAUAAAUGACG